UAAGAAAUUUCCGCACAAACCCUCGCUCUCUCUCUCUCUCUCUCUCUCUCUCUCUCUCUCUCUCAUAAACCCAUUCUCUCUCUCUACUUUUCAUUUUUCUACCAACUAUGAUAGUAAAAAAUAAAUAAUAGCACAGGAGUCUCUUCGUCUGCCUUUUGUUCUCGGUUCAUCUCGCGACCGCGACCACCAACACAACAGUAUCUUGGAAGAGAAAAUUCAGGACAAUCCUCCUCGAGGCGUGCUCGAUCUAUUCUCAGGUGCUCCGCCUUUUGAAUCUCGGAUACUGAUGUUGCUCAUUAAGGUUAUUACCGAUAUCGUUCCUGAGUAAGUCCGACAUAACUUCAAAUAUCUAAGCAAACAUGAGUGUGGUUGGUUUUGAUGUUGGGAAUGAGAGCUGCGUCGUUGCGGUUGCAAGACAAAGGGGAAUCGAUGUUGUACUUAAUGAUGAGUCGAAGCGUGAAACUCCAGCUAUCGUAUGCUUUGGCGACAAGCAGCGGUUCCUUGGAACAGCUGGAGCUGCAACUAGCAUGAUGAAUCCAAAAAAUACAAUAUCCCAAAUAAAGCGGCUGAUUGGACGCCAGUUUUCAGAUCCUGAGCUGCAGCGGGAUCUCAAAUCAUUGCCAUUUUUGGUGACUGAAGGCCCUGAUGGAUACCCUUUGAUCCAUGCUCGUUAUUUGGGAGAAACUAGGACAUUUACACCUACUCAGAUUUUGGGAAUGGUACUUUCCAAUUUGAAGAGCAUUGCUGAAAAAAAUUUGAAUGCUGCCGUGGUAGAUUGCUGCAUUGGAAUUCCUGUUUAUUUCACUGACCUGCAGAGAAGAGCUGUUAUAGAUGCGGCAACAAUUGCUGGCCUGCACCCUCUUCGUCUCAUUCACGAGACUACAGCUACUGCUUUGGCUUAUGGUAUUUAUAAGACUGAUUUACCUGAGAACGAAGCGAUGAACGUUGCUUUUGUUGACGUUGGGCAUGCAAGUAUGCAAGUUUGUAUUGCUGCCUUCAAGAAAGGCCAGCUGAAGAUAUUGGCACAUUCUUUUGACCGGUCUUUAGGUGGGAGGGAUUUUGACGAAGUGCUCUUCCAGCAUUUUGCUGCAAAAUUCAAGGAUGAAUAUAAAAUUGAUGUAUAUCAGAAUGCCAGGGCUUGCCUGAGAUUGCGUGCUGCUUGUGAGAAGUUGAAGAAGGUUCUCAGUGCAAACCCUGAGGCACCUCUGAAUAUUGAAUGCUUGAUGGAUGAGAAGGAUGUCCGAGGUUAUAUUAAGAGAGAUGAUUUUGAGCAGAUCAGCAUUCCCAUUUUGGAACGUGUCAAAAAGCCAUUGGAGAAGGCUCUUGUUGAAGCUGGACUGACCAUUGAGAGCAUACACUCAGUUGAAGUUGUUGGUUCAGGCUCUCGAGUCCCUGCUAUUAUUAAGAUUUUGACUGAGUUCUUUGGGAAGGAGCCUAGGCGAACGAUGAAUGCAAGUGAAUGUGUUGCAAAAGGCAGCGCCCUAGAAUGUGCUAUUCUGAGUCCCACAUUUAAAGUGCGGGAAUUUCAGGUUAAUGAGAGUUUUCCAUUCUCCAUUGCUUUGUCAUGGAAAGGUUCUUCUCCCGAUGUGCAAAAUGGAGCAUCGGAUAAUCAGCAGAGCACUUUAGUAUUCCCCAAGGGGAAUCCGAUACCGAGUGUGAAGGCUUUGACUUUCUACAGAUCGGGUACUUUUACUGUAGAUGUACAAUAUGCGGAUGUCAGCGAACUGCAGGGACCCGCAAAGAUAAGCACUUAUACGAUUGGACCUUUCCAGUCCACAAAAGGUGAAAGGGCAAAAUUGAAGGUCAAAGUACGCCUGAAUCUUCAUGGUAUUGUCUCAAUUGAGUCAGCAACGCUCUUGGAAGAGGAAGAGGUGGAUGUUCCAGUUGUGAAAGACUCCCAGAAAAAUGCGACCAAGAUGGAAACAGAUGAGGCUCCCCCAAGUACUGCUGGAACUGAUGAAAAUAUGCAAGAUGCUAAAAAUGAUGGUGCUGGGGCUGAAAAUGGUGUACCGGAGUCGGGAGAUAAGACAUCUGAGAUGGAUACAGAUUCCAAGGUGGAGGCUCCAAAGAAAAAGGUUAAGAAGACCAAUGUGCCUGUAUCAGAAGUUGUUUAUGGGGGAUUGGGAGCUACAGAUGUGCAGAAAGCUGUGGAGAAGGAGUUUGAGAUGGCUUUGCAGGAUCGUGUUAUGGAAGAAACAAAAGACAAAAAGAAUGCUGUUGAGGCUUAUGUUUAUGACAUGCGGAAUAAGCUUCAUGACAAGUAUCAUGAGUUCGUGACAGAAUCAGAUAGAGAUCAGUUAAUUUCUAAACUCCAGGAGGUGGAAGAUUGGUUAUAUGAGGAGGGCGAGGAUGAAACUAAAGGGGUCUACAUUGCUAAGCUGGAUGAGCUCAAGAGACAAGGCGACCCUAUCGAGCAGCGGUACAAGGAGCACACAGAUAGGGGUUCUGUGAUUGAUCAACUUAUUUAUUGCAUCAACAGUUACCGAGAGGCAGCAAUGUCGCAGGAUCCCAAGUUUGAUCACAUUGACAUGGCAGAGAAGCAAAAGGUUUUGAAUGAGUGUGUGGAAGCUGAAGCUUGGCUAAGAGAGAAAAAGCAGCAUCAGGACACCCUUCCAAAGUAUGCAACACCAGUUCUUUUGUCUGCUGAUGUGAGGAAAAAGGCUGAAGCUCUUGACAGGUUUUGCAGGCCAAUCAUGAUGAAACCAAAGCCUGCAAAGCCAGCUACUCCUGAGGCUCCAUCGCCAGCAUCCUCUCAAGGAGAGUCCAAUUCUCAAGGUGCUGACAACGCUAGCGCAGGCCAAAAUGCUAAUGCAAGUGACAGUGGAAAAGAAGUACCUCCAGCUGCAGCAGAGCCUAUGGAUACAGACAAGUCUGAGAGCGGACCAACCUCUGGAUAAGUUGGGAGGCAAUUGUUAUAGCAAUAUUUUACAGUGGCUGAUUUGGGUUCUUUUGUACAACUAGGAAACCUCAAUUUGGGAUAUCCUGAUGAGCUAUGCUUUUCAUGAAAUCGUUGACGAUGAGAUUGUUUCGGACUGUGUUUAAUAUAUUUCAGCCGGUCAGAAAUUAUAUUAUUAAUAGUGGGAUCUCUAUACUCCUGUCUUUGAGUAGGGUUUGUAAGAAGUAGGUGAAUGGACAAUUCCUUGGGGCAGCAAGUUUUGGAGCAUCUUUGGUGUAAGGGUGGGCUGAGGCCACACAAGCUCCCCUGUGAUUUCUUUCUUCGUGCGAAUUUUGCAUUAUUUUUCAAUGAGAGCUUGAAUUUGUCUGGUUUA